CCGAAGAAAGAAACACAUCUUCAGAAACAAAAGGAAACUAGAGAUUUCGAGCGCGAGAGAGAAGAAAAAACAGGAAAGGAAUUGGGGGCAGCGAGUUGCGUGCGCCCUGCCUCCUCGGUGCCAGUCAGUGUUCGGUUGGUGGUCCCCCAGUUCUAGGGGAUGGGGGCGGGCAUGAGCGGUGGCCGGCGGCGGGGCGCCGGCGGCGGCUGGGGCAGCGGCCCGUCCAGCGGGAUGCUGCCGCUUCUGGCCCUGCAGGUGAUUCUCGAGUACGGCCGCGCCGGCGCCAGUCGCCCGCCCGUGACGGCGGCGCUCAUCGCCGCCAACGCGCUUGUGUACCUCCGCCCGGGCGCCCUCGACGCGUUCCUCCCGCCGCUCUCCCGCGUCGCCUUCAACCCGCAUCUCAUCAUCCAGUACGGCGACCUGACGCGCUUCUUCCUGUCAGCUUUCUACCACCUGAGUGAAACCCACUUCUUCUACAACAUGACGUCUCUCUUGUGGAAGGGCAUACAGCUUGAAACAUCAAUGGGCAGUGUUGAGUUUGCUUCUAUGGUCACUGCCUUGCUUGGCCUGUCUCAGGGCUUCACAUUGCUCUUGUCCAAAGGUCUACUCCUUCUCGGCAAUGAGACUGCGUAUUACGAUCAAUAUGCUGUUGGAUUCUCCGGGGUGCUGUUUGGUAUGAAGAUUGUGCUGAAUGCCUGGUCAGAUGACUAUGUCUUCCUGCAUGGGAUGGUCAUUCCAGCAAAGUAUGCAGCGUGGGCUGAACUGCUCCUCAUACAGGCCUUCAUCCCCGGGACGUCCUUCAUUGGCCAUCUUAGCGGGAUUCUUGCUGGUCUAGCCUAUCUUUGGAUAAAGCGAUCAUACUCCGGACCUGACCCGCUUGCUCUUCUUAUCUCGGGCAUUUCAAAUGUUGUGAGUUGGCCGGUGAAAUUCGCUCAGAGGCUCCUGAGGCCGGGUCGUCGUCAGGGGGGCAGAGUUGGGCGCCGUGCAGCAAGAGAGAGCGGCAGAGGCAUGUGGAGAUGCUCGGCCUGCACUUAUGACAACUCACCUUCGGUAGACAUCUGUGAGAUGUGCAACAGCAUGCGCGAGGACCGUGUUUUUCCCAACAGACAACAUCUCCAGGAUGGGGGAAGCAGUGACCUCUCGGUUGAUGAGAUCCGCCGUAGGAGGCUGCAAAGGUUUGACAGAUGAGACCAUAAUGUAGAUCACCAUUACCAGUAUAAAUUCCAAAUAGUGCUAAAGAUACUUCUUCCUUGAAUAUAAACUGUCGUUUGACCAGGAUUCUACGCUGAAUCCACUCAUUGCGAGAAUUGAUGUAGUACAUUUUUGAAUAUUUUCCUCACUAUUUGAAGGCCCGAGUACUUUGAUAUCCAA